AUGUCGACGUUCAACGGCCGGCACGGUCCAAACGUGUCGCAGUAUCUGCGGGACCUCAACACCAUCAACCCCCAGGACGCGGUCCGGGAGGAGACGUUCACCAUGGAGGACGAUCUCGCCCUCUUCACGAACACGCAAUUCUUCGACUUUGAUUCCGGCCAAAACUUGGACUUUCAGGCCCAGCCGGUCAAGGCCGACACCAAGUCGGUCGCUCGGCACAACUCCAGCACAGCCGACGAUGUGACGACGGCAUCGCCAUCCGUCAUGGGAGACAUUUCGAACCUCGACUUCAUGUCUGGCGACUUUAGCUUUUCUGAUUUCAGCGGCGGCGCGUUUGCGGCACCAUCCUUGAACUCGUUCGCGGAUGGUGCCCAGGCCUUUCAGCCGUUGCAACCCAUCCAGCAGCAACAGCAGCAGCAGCAGUCUCAGUUCCGGCAAGGCAGCGGCCAGCCAGGGGACAAGCAAAAGUCGGAUUCCGCGGCCGGGAUAUCUCCCAUUCCCAUGGCGAGCCAGCAGCUGAACUUUGAAGAUGCAUCUCGCGCCGCGGCGGAAGACGACAAGCGGAGACGGAACACGGCGGCGAGCGCCCGGUUCCGCAUCAAGAAGAAGCAGCGUGAGCAGGCGCUCGAGAAGUCGGCCAAGGAAAUGACGGACAAGAUCACGUCUCUCGAAAACAAGGUGUCUCAGCUGGAGACGGAGAACAAGUGGUUGAAGAACCUUCUCGUGGAGAAGAACGAGGGUGGCGACGACAUCACGGCACUCUGGAGGGAGUUUACCAAGCACGCGAGCACAAAGACCAAGGCUGCACCUGCCAGCUCAUCCGCCGCCGAAUUCAUCAAGACGGAAGGGUGA